AUGCAUUUCAGAAAACCGGGACGCUGGGUUGACUUGCAAGGUUUGAACAGGGAAGCAAAGGCGAUCGAGGCCACAGACACGGUCGAGGACCCGGCUUCCCCGAUCACAGGCAAGCUCAUCACGCCGCCGCCGCCUCACAAGUCUGCUACCGUCAUUGCUGCUACGAAGCUGGACCUAAUGGAAGAGCUAACCCUAGCUCCGGUUCCACUUCUCGUCGGGGAGAGAGUGAAUUCUACUGCAACGAAGCCAUCGAUGUCGAAGUUGCGAGCUGCUGUCGACGUCGAGAAGGGCCGAGAGAGAAGGGCUAUUGCCGCUGCCGAUUCCUGGCGUAACCGCACCACUGCCAAGGAGGAUGGGGUUUCCAAGCCAUCACCGCCAUUGGUGGAGCUGCGUAUGUGGGGAGCUGUGGAGAUCGAAAUUGUUCCAAUGCCCUGGCGUAAUUGGAAGUUCCGAAAACGAGGUCGGUAUCAGCGAACAUCCGUUUUCUUCGCUAUCGUCAACAACUUUUUCAUCGAUCCGGGUUAA